AUGCUGCGACAUUAAUCAGAGUAGCCAAGUGAUAUAAUUUUCGAGGCAGAAGAAGAUCUUUAUUAAUCACCAACAAAAUAAAUCUUAAUGCUCAAAGGCUCUGAGAGGACUGUACAACUUACUAAGAAUAGAAUGUUUUAGUCUUAUGUAAAUGAGUUUUGCGGAAUGGUUGGACUUGCUUCUAAUACUUUGAGACUGCAAAUAGAAAAAAGAGAAAUCAAUCCACACAAGCUAGUUAAUAGUAGUUGUUUAAUCAAGGUUGCUCAUACUCCAGAGUUUCAUAAUGCCCCUAAUAACUCGUUAAAACCUUCUUUAAGAUCUAUACUUGAGUAGGGUUAUUGCUCAGAUUUGAAGCUAGUAUUUAAAUCAAAGACUAUUCCAGUGAAUAAGUGCAUACUUACUUCAAGAUCACAAAAGUUCGCUUCAAUGAUUUGCAGUAGCACUGAAGAAAUUAAGUUUCCACAUAAAAAUAUCAAGUCUUUUUGGAGACUAUUGAUAUGGAUCUACUCCGGGGAGUUAGAUGUGCCAGAUGAUAUCAUUGAGACAAUAGACCUAUUUUACUUAGCCUAGGAGUUUUAAGUCAUUGAUCUAAUGUGGAGGUGUGAGGAGGAAAUUAUACUUAAGAUUAGUCCAUCAAAUGUAGUAGAUGUAUUAGUAAAAUACUAUCCAGCAUUGACAAGAGAUGUGAUAAUUGGGAGUAGCAAUGAUGAUGACUUAAAUUUAGAAGAAGUUAAAUCCUUAGCCAAUGAUGAAUUAUAGUAUACUAGUCCUAAUGAAGAUAAUAAUCCAUAAUUGCAAUCACCAAUAAGUGAUACCUAUAAAGCAGAACUCUCUCAAAACAUACUAAACGCAUGCAAAUCUGUCUUUAUCAAAGAAUUCCCUGAUGUUGUCUUGAAUAAUCCAGAUUUAGAGUAGAGAUUAGCAUCAGUUCCUGGUUUGAUUAUUGCUCUAUUCAGCCACAUCAAUGAAUAGAAGCAUCGUAAGAAGAAGAAUAAGGUUAGAUUUUCAUUUGUGGAAGAGAUCCAUACUCCUAUAUCAUUUGAACAUUAGUUUGGAGAUAACAUAACUGAUACCCAUUCAGAAAGUUCAAGCAGAAUAUGA